CAUGUUUUGAUAACUAUGGUUGAUUUGGCAGCUGCACCUGGUGGUAAAACAACUUAUAUUGCUGCUCUUAUGAAGAAUACUGGAAUUGUUUUUGCAAAUGAAAUGAAGGUGCCCCGGCUUAAAUCACUUACGGCAAAUUUGCAUCGUAUGGGAGUGUCAAACACUGUAGUCUGUAACUACGAUGGAAAGGAGCUCCCCAGGGUCUUGGGUCUCAAUUCUGUUGAUAGGGUGUUAUUGGAUGCCCCUUGCAGUGGUACUGGGGUUAUAUCUAAGGAUGAGUCUGUAAAAACCUCUAAAAAUCUAGAAGAUAUACAGAAAUGUACCCAUCUACAAAAGCAAUUGAUUCUUGCUGCUAUUGACAUGGUGGAUGCUAAUUCAAAAUCUGGGGGUUAUAUUGUUUAUUCGACAUGCUCCAUCAUGGUGGCAGAGAAUGAAGCAGUCAUUGACUAUGCUUUAAAAAAGAGGGAUGUUAAACUCGUGCCAUGUGGUCUUGACUUUGGGCGUCCUGGGUAUAUAAGGUUUAGGGAACAACGUUUUCACCCUUCAUUGGAAAAGACAAGGCGUUUCUAUCCUCAUGUUCACAAUAUGGAUGGUUUUUUUGUUGCGAAGUUGAAAAAAAUGAGCAACUCAAAGCCAAGUGCAAAACCAUUAGAACCGACAGAAGAGGAGGAAGGUGCCCAGCUUGUGAAUGAAAAGGAGGUUACAAGUAAUGGCGAGAAGCAAGAUGCAGAUGGCAAGAAGCAAGAUGCGGAUGGCAAAAAGCAAUAUGCAAAUGCCAAAAAGCAAAUUGCAAGUGGCAAAAAACAAACUGCAAAUGGUAAAAUACAAACUGCAAACGGCAAACUGGCAUCUGAAUCCAAAAAGAGGAAGAAAAGGCAAUUUCCAUCUAGAGAGGAAAUUUCGAAAGCCAGGGAAGAGAAGAGGAAAGCUUUAAGACAAAAGAAAGGAAAGAAGGCAGGAAGCAAAAAGGCUAAACAUGGGGAUUGAGCAGAUGUAACAGGCCAAGCGGAAGUUGUUAUACAUGGUUUCUGGAACAGACAAAUCACUGUAGUUUAGUGCAGACCAAGACCCCAGAAACAGAAAGAUAGGAGUACGAGGUGCUUUCACGUCAUUAAAUUAUAGAUUGGGGCGUUCCCUAACGUCACCGUUAGGGCUCAGUUUUGUAGCGUUUUCUUUUCCCUUUAUUAUUAUUGUUUGUGUUUAUUACUUUCUUCUGUUCAAAAUAUAAGCCUGAUUUAAUCCAGUUAUGUUUGUCAAAAAA